AGCUAAAGUAUCUCUAUUUUUUUUGGAAGUGUCCGCCUGCAUUGAUGUUUAUAACCCGCAGUGCGUUGGCGUUAAACGGAGAGACGGAAUGUUUCGGGGAAAAUUGUGCGGCGACAAUCGCACCAGCAGGCUCAUCGUCAAAAUGACAUGUCUGCAGGCUGCAUGCGGUGGGUGCUAAGCCACGCAGUCAGGGCCGUAUGUGGUGUCAGUCCCGGCUCCCGGGCCCCAGCGCCGUGGCUUCUCGAACGCAGUGACAGAUCAAACACCCUCGCCGCCUCCUGGAGCCGGUCUCCGUUCUCCACAGCGGUGGAUGGCACGGAACUGACUCCUGCGCCAAAAGGGAAAAAGCACAAUCCCAAAGUUAAUGCCCAGAUCAGCAACGUCGGCCACAAGAUCCCGCAGCGUCACGUGGAGCUGAUGAGCAAGGAGGGCGAGAACCUGGGCACCAUGCACCGAGCGGACGUGAUCAAGAUCUUGCAGGAGCAGGGUCUGAAGCUGGUGCUGCUCAACGGAAACACAGACCCUCCCGUCUACCAGCUGAUGAGCGGCAAACAGAUCCACCAAGAGCAGCUGAAGGUGCGGGAGCAGAAGAAAGCAAAACCAGAUCAGGUGCAGUUGAAGGAGCUCAGCUUGUCAUCAGGCAUCACGUCCAAUGACCUCACCACCAAGCUGAAGCAAGCGGAGAUCUGGCUGGAGAAGAAGAACCACGUUAAGGUCACGGUGCGAGUGGGACGGGGACAAUCUGCAGUCGACCUGGACAAGACUUUGGAGCAGAUGGUGGAGCAAGUGGAGACAUCGGUGAGCUUCGUUUCCGCGCCGCAGAUCAUACGCGAAGGUCGAGCGGCCACGUGCAUCUUCCGUCAGGCUUCGGCAAAGGAGGUCGCGCAAAGAAACAAGAAGUCGGCAGCGCCGCCGCCAUCUGCCGCCGCAGGUUCGAUGUCGGCUCAGAGCGACACGUCGCCUGUUGGCACCACGGACACGACAGAAGGAGCUGCACAGCAGUGACCUGAUGGAAGUAAAACAUUUUCACGAACAAGUACAAGUCUGUGCCUGGAUGGCAACAUUUGGUGUGAAUCCCCUCCUUUGGAUUCUACCCAUUUUGUGUUGUGUAGGUAUUUAACAAAGCUUUUUGUGUAAAUAAAUAUGAUGCAUCCAGCAAAAGGAUAAACCAUUAAGUCUCCUGGAGGUUUCAUCUUUAUAAGCCACCUCCUUCGAGGGUGGGAUCGAGCGACGCAGCUACACACUCGAACUUUUGUUUCAUCUAUUACAGCAAAUCAUCGGGCGAAAUAGCUUGUUAUCUAGUUGCCGGCCUGUUUUAGUAACCUAAAGAUGACAUUUUAUUUUAGAAAAAAGCAAUUUGUGACCUGCUACGCCUUGUGUAUUGUGUAACUGUUGCUAAACUGUAUUAAAGGGGCAGUAAGUGAUUUUGGAGAAAGCUUGUUUCUCUCUUUUUUUCACCCGCUAGCACGUCUCUUAAAGUGUCAACGAGUUAUGUUUACAAACUCCUCUCGCAGUGUUGUGUGGUGCGGUCCGCACCAUUUUUUUGUGUCCGAUUUACAGUGCCUGGGCUGGGCCGAAAAGCCCAGAAUUUUUUCCCGGCGCACACACAAGAGCGACAGCUAACGGACGGUGAGGAAAUAUUCGCUGAUUUUGACAAAGCGCGUAUUGCUUUAGAAUCGGUUACUGCCCCUUUAAGUAAGUGAAGAUGACAGACAGCUUGACGACAACAACACUUACCAACACUGCCCUGUUUCGUUGGAGCAGAAAAGUGUCUCAGGUGUGAGGAACAUAUCAAACCAACGUCAGUGAAUAUCUUUCUCUGCUUUAUUCAAGAUUCAUCUUUAUAUUUUUUGGUUGUUUUUUUUUUUUCCUUUUUUAAAAAUCAAAAUAAAAGCAAAUUUGGCGUACAGAUACA